AUGCGAAGUGAUGAUGGCAAAGAUUCGGCUGACGAAGAGCUAAAGGCCUGCGUGCAAAAGCACGAUGACAUCAAGAGUGUCAUAAACAGCCAGAUUGAGGUGCUCGAAGGGGAAGUGAAAAAUCAUGAAGCGUAUUGGGCAGCGUGCUCAGAAGCUUGUGAUUGGUUGCGGAAAGCUCGAGUUGACAUUCAACAAGCUGGCGAUUGCCAUGGGCCUAAAGCCUCUGCCGAAGAACGCAAGGAAAAAGUCAACGAGAUUUCAGUUUCUCUCCCUGAAGGUGAGAAACUGGUAAAAGCUGCUGCAGAACGCAGUGCCCCGGUCAUGAUGUCCAGCAAUGACGAAGGGGUCGAAAGUAUCAAAAGUGAAGUUGAGCACUUGAAGCAUGAAUGGGACUCUAUCUACAAUAUGGUGGACGAUGCCAAACGAAAUCUCAGCAAGUGCUUGCAAGCCUGGAGUGACUUUGACAAGUCCUACUCGGCUUGCGAAGGCUGGUUGAAGACUCUUAGGUCCGACCUCGAAAAAGCUGGACUGGGUUUCGUCACCUUGGAUGAGCCUUUACCUCGUCCUGCGCAUCAUGAUAUUGUUUGUAAAGCGAAGGAAUUCUUGGAAGAAAUUCAGUUGAAGAAAGGGACCGUGGAAGAGCUGAGUGACAAGUGUGAGAUUCUCAUGGAAUAUUCAGCACAAAAUUACGUCAGGGACCAAACUGUGCAACUCCAAGGACAGUUCACCCAAUUGCUAUCAAAACUUCAGAGUCAAGUUAGCAAAGCUGAGAAGCAAUUGAGCGACGUUAAUGAGUACAAUCGGUCUAAACAAGAUAUGGAAAAGUGGUUGGAUCGAGCGAAAGGAACCGUUGAUGAUUGCUCGUCGUGUGUUGGAUCUGAAGCUGAUGUCCAAGACCGACUCGAAACUUUGAGGAUUUUAUCAACUAAGUUGACCGAAGGACAGUAUCUCCUGAAUAACGUUUUGGAGACUCUGAACAGAGCGUCAAUGGCGGCAAGUCCGCAGUCGGAAGCCUUAAUGAAGCAAGAAGUUGAAGAGCUGCGAAGUUCACUGGAUCAUGUCAAGAAAUCAGUUCCGGAUGCAAUUGCCUCCCUAAAGGCUUGUGUUUCAAAAUGGGAAGAUUUCAAAGAAACCUGUGCUCAAUUAGAGGAUUGGCUUGAUACAGUGAGAGCGCGUGCCGAAGAAAACCCGGAUUCCGAGGGCGAAAUUUCCAUGAUCAGAACCCUAUCAGACAGAUUCAAGGCUGUUCAGUUGGAAAUGAAAGAAAAAGAAAGCGAGAUGAAGGCCACAGAAACUUUGGGCGAAGAAUUGAGCCUUCAAAGCCACAACAACUCGUUGCUCUUGAGAAUCAGGCACAUUCAGGAAGAAGCACACUGCUUGUCUGACCUCUGUGACAAGAAAAUAUUGAAGUUGGAACAAGAGAUGGCCGAUUAUUCCGAGUAUCAUCAAGCUUUGCAAGACACGGAAAAAUGGCUAUUGCAAACGUCCUUCCAACUUAUGGCUCAUAAUUCGUUGUACGUGUCGUCGAAAGAUCAAGUUGAGGAGCUGCUGGAUCAGCACAAGAUCCUCGUGAAAGAUAUGGAAAUGUACGAAGCAACAUUAGACGAGGUAGCUGAGAAAGGGAAGAAACCGAUUGCGCGAUAUUCCUCGAAAGUUUUCGGUUUGGAAAGCUCUUUCAACGCACAAAUGAGCAACCUUCGCGAAAGCUACGCGAGUUUGCUUGAAACUGCUCACCAAAUCAAGAAUCGAUUGGAAGACUCGAUGCAGAAGUAUGAAGAAUACGAUAUGGUGGUGGAGUCCAUUGCUAAGAAUUUGAACUCAUGGGAGCCGGAUAUUCGUCAGGCAUCCUGUUAUUCUGCCGAGUCGCUGCUGGAGGCCCAGACUCAUUUGGAAACCCUGAGGAAUUGCCACAACAAAUUACAGGCCGAAAAAUGGCGAUUGGAAGCCGCGGUUCAAGCGUGUGAAGCAGCUACUGCAUCUGUGAGUCGACCAGCGAGUCCUAGGGAUGCCAUGCCAAUGCCGAUUCCUGAGCAAGAACUUCUAGUUCGAGCUACACUCGAAGAGUUCAUCGAUUCGAUCCAGACGAGUAUUACGCAACUGCAUGGUACAUUGAACGAAUUGGAAGGUUUUCUGCAAAUGAAGGAAGACUUGAGAAAUUGGAUCAGCAAUGCUGAGGCGAGUGUUCUGGAGUGGAAGUCCAAGCCAGCGCGGCUUCGUUCUGAAAUCGCUCAAGCUGAGAUUACGAAAAUCACGGAUUUAAAGGAUGUUUUGCUUGAAAAGCAAGGUCAGUUGGAUGACCUGGAAAUCAAACUAUCCAUGAGCGCCCCGAAUGAGGCUGACACCGGGCUUCGACCGUAUUUAGACAAGUUGAAUUAUGACAUUUCCGUUUUAUUGGAUGCUCGAAUGAGGAUCCAGGGCAUCGCGGACAUGUACCGACAGGCCUUGAAACAAGCUCAAAUCGAUGCUGAGAAACUCAUGAGUGCCAUUGACGCGUCUGACAAUCAAAAGGAUUCCGCCGAAAAAGUGAAGCAAAUCAAGGAAGUUUCAAAAUUAUUGGAAGAGCAAAACGGUCGCGUGGAGCAGCUCAAAGCGCAGGCUACUUUGCUUAUGCAAGAAGUUUGUAACACAGAUCACGAAAUUAUCGAAGACCAUCUCAAACUUUUGGACCGAAAACUCGGAGAUUUGUCAAAGAAGAUCAGCAGGCGUGUGCAAGUUGCGGAAAUGGCGCGAAAAAGCUACUCAGAUACCGCCAAAGAAGCAGAGUCUCUCAAGAAAUGGCUCGAUGGCGCCAAACAUGCGAUAGAUGAGGACAAUUUCGUUAGCUGGAAGUCAGGACCGACUCAGUCUAAAGUUACUGAACGGGAGAGGUUGCUGAAGGAAUGUGAGUCGAAAUCGUCAGCCAUUGCCUCCAUCGAAAAACAAAUGAGCUCGAUGGGUUCCGAAUGGCAACAGCAUGAAAAAGACGCAUUAUCCACUUCUCUCGGGGAUAUUCGAGCAGCCAGAGCAGAAUUCCUGGACAUAUUGAAGAAUUCCGUGAUGUCACUGAACGCUGGUGUCCAGGAAAGAUUGAGCUUCGAAAGAAAAUUGGAAGAUGCUGAAGUUUGGAUCAAGAGUCACGCCCAAAGCUCUCUUGAUGAAGGUCCUCCAUAUCCCCUUGCUUCCAUCGACCUUGAAGCUAAAAUCAUACACCUUCAAGAAUUUCACUCGAGUUACAAAGCGUUUUGCGACACUAGAAUCGCCGAGAUCAAGAAAGAAGGGGAAAACUUGGCCAAGAUGAGUGAUCCUGCUGAUAAUGUUGAACUCGAUUCCAUUCUGAAAAAACUGGAGAAGGAAGGAAAAACCCUGGAAAAGAACGUGAAGCAAAGUCUGGAAACACUCCAGCAAGUCUUGUUGCAGCGGAAAGAAUUUGAACACAACGUUCAGCUCUGCCAAACUUGGUUGGAUCAAGCUGGGGUUUCUUUGUCUGCUGAAAUUCGUCGACCGAAUGUUGAGAUCCUGGAUGACCAGCACCAUCAAUACCAAAAGCUGCUGGCGGAGUGUGCUUCAUUUGGCAACCGCUUGGUGAAUUUGAAAUCUGCAGAGGACGAAAUGUGUUCCGGCAAUCAACUCUCGAAAGGGGAAGAAGCUUUGCUGAAGCAAAACAUCAGCAGUUUGUGCCAAAAGCACCAGAGGAUCGCUGUGCAAGUCAAAGACAGAAUAAACGCCGUGGAGAGUGCCAUUGAGCAGCAGCGUAGGGUAAAAGACCGCGUUCAAGCGAGUUUGGAACACUUGGAGCAGAUUUACCAGCAAGUUCAUGCAUUGAAUAAACCUAUUGGAUGGACUCCUGAUGAUGCUCAGGAGUUGUUGAAGGCGUAUCAGGACGCUUUGGGAAAGAUCCAUAAUUUUAGAACAGAAGUGGAAAAUAUUCAGACGGAGACGACAUCUAGCGGCGGGGCCUCUGCGCUGAGUGCUCUGCAAGAACUGCUGAAACGGCAGGAUGAUCUCAUUCAGCUCGUAGAGCAGCAGAUGGCCCGAAUUCGCCAGCUCGUGAUUGUUCGCCAGCAGUUCAUGGCCCUGAUUGCUGACAUCGCAGCCUUCAUCACCAAGCAUUCCGACGUUGUGCGAGAUAUUGAGAGCAGUGGUCGAUCCAUUGACGAGAAAAUUUCUCGCUAUGACCAGGCAUUGGAAAAGAUCGGAGAAUGCGAAGGUCUUUUGGCGUCUGCCACAGACAAGGGGGCUCAGAUCAGCGAAGACGGAGCUUCUUCUGACAAGAACGUGAUUACCGAACAGCUGGGGCAGGUGAAGAGCCAGUUGUUGUCACUUAGGCGCAAAAUUGAAGAAAGUCGGGAAGCGCAUUUAGCACUCAUGACGGAGCAUCGAAGACUCGCUUCAGCCCUGCAAGAAUCUCUCGACAAGCUUCAGUCGUAUGAGGCUCCUUGCAGGACCAGGCCUUUGCUCGCCAUUUCCCCGCAUUCCGUCGUUUCUGAGAUUGAAAAACAUCACGCAUUGAAGGGACAGGUUGGCGUGGCGAUCGCAGAAAUCGAGUUCCUCAUCAACGGUGACGCGGAAGGAUCAUCCGGUAACGGAGAGAACCUGAUGCGGAACCGAGACAAUCUUCCUGGUUCAAUCCAGGAGAUGCUGAGUGAAGCCAAGGUCCUUCUGGAAACACUUCCAGCCGAGCUUCUGGAACGACAACGAUAUCUAGAAUGUGCGAGAAGCAUGAGGGACGAGUUUGUUGGCUCCACGAAAAAGCUGAAGGAGUGGAUCGAGAAUGCGGAAAGUACCCUGAGUGCCAACGAUCCGAAAUCGGGUGUGGAUUACGAAAAGAUCUUGAACUGCAUCGACGAGCACAAAGAUUUCUUCAGCUCGGAUUCAGAAGCGAAAGAGUUGCUGUUGAAGAUUCAGAAGAUUGCUGACAAAAUCCUGCCCUCCAUGAGUUCCGCACAUCAAGAAGAACUCAGCAAACAAGUCGAAAAUCUGCGACAAAGCCUGGAAAAUAUAUUGAACUUGUCGAAAACAAAGAGGAUUCGAUUGGAGAAAGAAGUCUCUGCUUGGAGAGAUUACCUGAACAUUCUGCAAAGAGUUCAAGCGGUCAUCAACAAAGCAGAGCAAGAUGGGAAAGAACCCAGUGCUGAGAUAAUAACUGUGCUGGCCUUGAAAGAAGCGAAGCAGUUGAUUGAUCGAUCAAAAACCGACUACCAGAAUCAAGACGUUGUUCGCGACGCUUUGAACGAGAAAGGGAAAGACAUCAUGCGCAAUGCUGACCCGGAUAAUGCGGAAAAGAUUUCUUCUCAACUUGGCGUGAUCAAUAAAUCUUGGAAGGAAGCGCUGAAUGGCUUGGAUACCAAAUCUCGAGACAUUAACAAGAUGCUCGAUGUCUGGGGCGACCACAACGUUCAUUUAAAAGAAGUGGAAAACAAGUUGGCUGUGCUUAAGGAGAGGGUUCAUUCGGUGGACGUUGUCACACUGGGGCUGUCUCAGCUGAAAGACAUUGCCCCGACCGUCGAGGACAUGAAGAAUCAGUGUGAAACGCUUAAAGCGAAGGUGGAAAGAAUGGAGAUGACUGGAAAAAUUGCAGCAGAUCACAUGAAGCCGUUUUCAGAGAAAAGUGCUGCUGAAAUUUCUGAAAAAGUCGCAAAACACAAAGAACUCCAUUCCUCCUUGAUGCGAGCAAUAGAAGAAAAGGUUUCCUGGGUGGGUGAAGAGCUCGGUUACAUUCAGAACCUCAACCAUUCCAUUGCUGCAUUGAAGAAUUCGGCUCAAGAGAUGCUUAAAAAAAUUAGUCAAAUCGACGUUUACAGCCAAAAUUCCGAUGCGAGUUCUUCUGAUUGCGAGAGUUGCCUUGGUUCUGCCAAAGAUCUACAACAAAGAACCCGUGACUUUACGGAGGAAACCCAGAAGCACUUCUCCUCUCACCACCUGACUGUUCCUUCAGAAACUACAAAAGAGUUGUCGAGUUUGGAACUACUUGCGGAAUCCUCGUCGACGAAAGUUCACGAUGCCUUGAGGGAUAUUAAGAAAGCCAAGUCGCUUUGGAGUGAUUUUGACAAGGACGUUGAUGCCAUCAAAGAAUGGCUGGUGAGGUCAGAAGAGGCUCUGGAUCAGAAAGGUUUGGAGCCUGCAGCUCUGAAGCAAUCUCUUCAGCAAAUUCAAGCUGAAUUGAGCAACUUCAGCGAUAUUUUUGACCGACUUUCGAGAGACGGUCAGUUCCUGUCCGAGAAGGUUCACAAUGAAGCCGACAAGGAAAAAAUUGAGUCAACAGUCACAACUCUUUCAGAUCGGUUACAAAAUACCAAAACUGUUCUGGAACAAAAAUUCUCCCAGAUCGGAGAAUCGUUGGAAUCUUGGCAUCGGUUCCUGCAGCUGUAUGAGAAUUUGAAAGAGUGGCUCGCGAAACAAAACACGUUUUUGGACCAGCCAUUGACAUUUUCGACGCUUGGAGAUGCGAGACAAAAACAUCAGUGUUAUUCGUAUGCAGUUAAGGACUGCAAAAAUGCCAUGAAGAGGGUAAAUGACAUGGCUAGGGAGCUCAAUAACAUCAACCAAGUCUCAAAUUCCGGAGCUCUGGCCAGCAAACUCGCGGAAAUCGAAUCAGAGACGCACCAAGUCGACAAUAUCGUUCAAGAGCGGUGUGCUUUGUUGGGAGAAAUGUGUGAAGAAUGGGACCAGUUCGAAAAGAAGCUGAAAGAUGUCGUCACGUGGAUGGACAAGGGCGAGACCGGUCUCCAUUCUGCUCCUCAAGGAAAGAAGCGAUCGCUCAGGGAGCAAUUACAAAUGCGGGAUAAAAUGUUUCAAGAUGUGCCGAUUCAAAAAACAAAAAUCAGCAUGGCGCUUGAGAAACUUCUAGAAAUUUUGAAGAUCCGCCACGAGGUGUCGCAUGCUGAGCAGCAACUCAGGCUUCUUUCGACUCCCAACUACGGCUCUGAAGGCAAAGACUUCCAGGCGUUCCAGCAAUCGGCAUGUCGAGAACGCAUCCAGUUGCUUCAGGCGAAGAUCGGGGCAAGGAAUGAGCGCAUCAAGCUUCUCAUGCAACGUGGAACGCCUGACACUGAGCCUCUAGACGUUUAA